GUCUGCUGUCUCCUCCAUUUCCCGGAGACCCUCCUCCCAGCCCCGUCCGAUCCGACUCCAACCCCCACCGCCACCGGUGGCAGAUCUAGAUCGUAGCUACCCAGCCAGCCGGCCGACACCGUCCGCCGCGGCGUUCUCCGCCCCGAGAUGGAGGCCGUCUCCGCCGCGGAGGCCCUCGACGGGCACAAGGACAGGUUCGAUCUCGGGGUCUUCGUCGGCGACCUCGCCCUCGACGAGGAAGUCACCAGUGAUGACGAGUGCCUGGAAGGGCUGCAGCAGGAGCUCGACGACUGCAAGAAUGAUCAGGAAGUCGCAAACAUCCUGGCUAACGGCAUCAAACUGCGCGAGUACACAAAAGGUGUCGAGAAUAACAUACGCCAAGUCGAGCUUGAUUCCAUACAGGAUUACAUUAAGGAAAGUGAAAACCUAGUUUCGCUGCAUGAUCAAAUUCGCGAUUGUGACAAUAUUUUGUCCCAAAUGGAAAUGGUUCUGACUGGAUUCCAGACAGAAAUUGGUUCCAUAAGUUCAGAGAUAAAGGUCCUUCAGGAGAAAUCUAUGGACAUGGGAUUAAAGCUGAAAAAUCGUAAGGCUGCAGAGUCUAAAUUGUCAAAAUUUGUUGAGGAUAUAAUAGUACCUCCAAGAAUGAUUGACAUAAUUGUUGAUGGAGAGGUCAACGAUGAAUAUAUGAAAACACUUGAGACUCUGAGCAAAAAGAUCAAGUUCAUUGAUGCUGAUCCUAUGGUUAAAUCAUCCAAGGCUCUAAAAGAUGUUCAGCCUGAAGUUGAGAGACUACGGCAGAAAGCUGUCUCAAAGAUUUUUGAGUUUGUCAUCCAGAAGUUCUAUGCCUUGAGAAAACCGAAAACUAAUAUUCAGAUUCUACAGCAGAGUGUCCUUCUUAAAUACAAAUACACAAUAAUUUUCCUUAAGGAACAUGCUAAGGAGAUAUAUGCAGAAAUUCGUGCGGCAUAUAUUGAUACCAUGAAUAAGGUGCUAAGUGCACAUUUUCGUGCAUACAUACAAGCAUUAGAGAAACUACAGAUGGACAUAGCUACUUCCACCGACUUACUUGGCGUUGAAACCAGAAGUACAGGCUUCCUUUUCUCCAUUGGAAAAGAAUCUCUAAAAACCCGUUCUUCAGUGUUUGCUUUGGGUGAACGAAUAAACAUAUUAAAGGAAAUCGAUCAGCCAGCAUUGAUACCUCAUAUAGCUGAAGCAAAGUCACAAAAAUAUCCAUAUGAAGUUCUUUUCAGAAGCUUGCAGAAACUUCUUAUUGACACAGCCACUUCCGAGUACCUGUUCACUGAUGAUUUCUUCGGUGAAGAAUCCAUAUUCCAUGAUAUAUUUGCAGGACCAAUUCAAGUGGUUGAUGAAUAUUUCAAUGCUGUACUCCUGAACUGUUAUGAUGCAAUCGGAAUAAUGCUUAUGAUCAGAAUAAUUCAUCAGCACCAGCUCAUCAUGUUCAAGCGGCGAAUCCCAUGUUUGGACUCUUACCUAGACAAGGUUAAUAUGUCACUCUGGCCUCGCUUCAAGAUGGUGUUUGACUUGCAUUUGAACAGCUUGCGAAAUGCAAAUAUUAAGACUCUUUGGGAGGACGAUGUCCAUCCACACUAUGUCACAAGGAGAUAUGCUGAAUUUACGGCUUCUCUAGUUCACCUCAAUGUUGAACAUGGGGACGGUCAGCUUGAUCUUAAUUUGGAGCGAUUGCGGAUGGCUAUUGAGGACUUGCUCGUUAAGUUGGCCAAGAUGUUCAGUAAACCGAAGCUGCAAACUAUUUUCUUAAUAAACAACUAUGAUUUAACAAUUGCCAUUCUGAAGGAAGCUGGAACAGAGGGUGGGAAGGCACAACUCCACUUCGAGGAGGUUCUUAAGAGCAACAUUGCAAUAUAUGUGGAAGAGUUGCUCCAGGAGCAUUUCAGUGAUUUGAUCAGAUUUGUCAAAACUCGUCCAGCGGAUGAAACGGCUAGUAGUUCAGAGAAAAUCAGCGUUGCCGAAGUUGAACCACUGGUAAAGGAUUUUGCGAGCCGGUACAAGGCUGCGAUUGAGCAGAUGCACAAAGAUGUGAUCACAUCUUUCAGCAACUUCCUGUGUGGGAUGGAGAUCUUGAGAGCGGCGCUCGCGCAGCUCCUACUCUACUACACCAGGCUCACCGAGUGUGUCAAGAGGAUCAAUGGCGGUUCUGCUCUCAACAAGGACCUGGUGUCCAUAUCCUCCAUCCUGUUCGAAAUCAAGAAGUAUUCUAGGACCUUUUAGUUGCUUUACCCCCUUCCAUGUACACUAAGACGACUAGUUAAGGGGUAGUGGUGUAUCCUUACAUUGUAACGACAAAGUUGGCAUGUGCUACUGCAGAGGAAACAAGAGUAUUUUGUUGUGAUUUGUAGCUUCGUCGGUCGGAGUUAUUUGGCCCCCCUACCCUUUCCCAGCGUAGAACCGUGUCCUUUAUGCUGCUGUUAUAUUGUAGUGUAUAAGCUCGAGAUGUUUGCCAUGCUGAUGUAUGUAUCAAAUGUUAUCACUUAAUGUAAUUUACAAGAAUGGUGAUUUUGUGCUCUGUUUAGCACUUGUU